AUGACUGACUGGUUGGAGCAGACCUCGCUCGACUGGCUGGCAAUGAGGAAUCUUCCCGACCUUCUCAAGACUUUCUCAAGACUGCAAGAGAACAAAAUUGUUGAAAUGUGUGAGAAAGAAGAGAAUCGAAGCAGAGAGAACCGAGGAGGAAGUGAGGCGUUUCCCGUGGAUGCUGUUGAAAGUCGUUACCCGUCGUCUCAUGUUGGUUUAGUCGAGAGUCGAGAGCGUCAUUUAGAGAGAUGGGAUAAAAUCGCUCGCAAGAGUGUGAGACGCAAUGCAAUUGUUGUGUGUGUGGAGUCGAUGAGAGCCGGCUGGCGAGGUGGCUUGUGGUGUGAAUACAGCGAACUGGAACGGGAACGGAGAGAGAAAGGAAAAUGGGGAAUACCCAUAGCCGAAGUGUUGUUUAAACGUUACGUGUUGUUGACAGCUGGUGCGAUGUGGACAGACGUUAUGGAAGCGAUGAAUUGA